GCUCCGCUCCCAUCACUUCCUGCUCCGCUCCCAUCACUUCCUGCUCGCCACUGUCAUCACUUCCUGCUCCGCUGUCAUCACUUCCUGCUCGCCGCGCUGCUGGAUGUUUUUCCCGCUCAUGGAUCUCGACUCUCUGAACCUCGUCAGGAUUUACGGCUCUGGAAAGAAACGCAGAGCUGAGACGGGUUCUGACCAGCAGAACGGUACCGAGGACGGACCGCAGAACCAUGCAGAUUAAUGACUCUGGUUUGGUUCUGGAGCUGCUGGUUCCGUCGGACCUGGACGAAUCGACGGAGCAUCCGCUGCUACUGCUGCUAGACAGCGCCCCUGGUGGCCGGGUGGUGAGCGAGCGUUUUUCUCUGGGCUGGGAGUCGGUUCUGGUCAGCUCUGAUCGGGUCGUGGUGGCCCGUGUGGACGGGCGGGGCAGCGCCGGCCGGGGUCAGGACGUCCUGCAGGCCGUCUACCAGAACCUGGGGGUGGUGGACGUUCAGGACCAGAUCGCGGCGCUGCAGCGUCUGACGCAGCUUCCCUUCGUCGACCGCAGCCGAGUGGGAGUUUAUGGGAAGGCCUACGGGGGAUUCCUGKCGUCCGUCCUUCUCCUGACCUUCAGCUCGGUGUUUAAAUGCGGCGUCGCUGUGGCUCCAGUUACCAACUGGAAACUCUGUGGAUCUGCCGGUUCUGAGCGCUUCUUUGGUUUUCCUGUGAAGGCGGAUCUGAGCUACCAGCUGUCCGGUCUGGUCAGGGACUCCUCAGGGCCCGGUCCCCGGGACUUCCUGAUUGUCCACGGCACGGCCGACGCCUCUGUCCACUUCCAGCACUCAGCAGAGCUGGUCCAGCUGCUCUCAGCCCGAAACUUUAACUAUACCAUGCAGAUCUUCCCGGAUGAAGGCCACCGUCUCGUCGCAGUCCAGAGUCGCCGCUACUUUCUYGCGUCGCUGCUCAGCUUCUUCAGACGCUGUUUUGAGGAGGAGGCGGCCGUUGCCAUGGAGACGUCUAAAGAGGACGACUGACGCCUCGGAGGAUCACGACAUUUUCACGUCACUUCAGUCUAUAUGUCACAUUUAAACACAUGAAGAAGAAAAGUAACGUUGGAUCAUUAAUAACAUCGUUACUAUUUAUUAUUAUCGUUAUUUAUUAUUGCGGGAUCAUCAUGUGGCCUCCAGAGGGCGCUGCUGCACUCUGAUGAUGUCAUCAAACUGCGACGCUGCUUCCUGCUGCAGAAACUCUUUUUUUUUUUAAAGAAAAUGUAUUUAUUAGUAUAAAAAACAUGUUAUUGGUAUAAAAUGUGAAGAAGCAGAACCAGGCUGUCUCCAUAGAAACGGAAGCACCAACAGAACCAUCGGGUUUUCCGAACCGUUAGCAAACGAACCUCCACUUCAAAACUUCAAACAUGAAAACAUGUUUAGAACAUUAAAAUCAUAACAUUCACCUGGUUCUGGACUGAAAUGACCAAUUAAAGCUUUGAUACGACGGAACAUGAAUUUAUGCUGAAGGUUCGGAUUCWUCUGGGUUCGGAAAUAAAUGUUCUCCAAGUUUAUUUGAUAGGGACAGACACACAUUUACAGCUACAUCAUCCCGUGUUAGCAUCACGGUGCAAUAGCAACAGCUAAUUCGCAGCACUUGUCCCUAGAUGGGCUUUUUCUAAAAAUAAUAACUCUAAAAAUUGAAGCGAAAUCAUUUGAAACAACAUAAUAUAUUCAGAAAAGUGUAAAAAAAAAUAAAAAGUGUAAAAAUGAGUACAGGUCUGUUUUGUUUGAUUUGUGAAAAAUGUGUUGAUGUCAUUAAAGCAUUUUAACCGUCCAGGUUGUUUAAGCUGCAGACAUAAUGUCCAUAUCGGAUAAAAACAGAACCAUCUUCCUGRACGACCYGCUGCUGGUUCCGAACCACCGGAACCGGAACCCGGCGCCGCGGCGGCCGGUGAUGCGUUUAAGGACCCAGAGUGGUGGGACUUUCCUGUUCUCUAUCUGUUUUAUGGUCAGAUUAAAAUCCGGUCAUGUGAAAAAUGUUUGCAAUAAAAGACAUGAAACAAACGGCUGGUCAUGACGCCAUCAGGCUCCAGAACACAGGAAGUGCUUGUCUGACCUUUGACCCUGGGCUCUUGUUGGGUUGCAACCAUGAAAAUCUGAAAUAAACUGGAAAAUCUUU